GCCAGACUGUGGGCUGAGAAGGCCACGUGGCCUUAUAAACGGGGGCCGAUGAACUGGGAGGUGUCAGCAGAGCAGACACAAACAAAGCUUUAGAAGACGAGAGAGGGAGACAGAGACAGACAGACAGACAGAGAGGCAGACAUUAUGGCCACCUUCCCGAGAGCAGCCAGCCCGUCCAGGCAGCCUCCAGGCCCAGAGGAUGAGGACCCCAACCUGGAUGAGUACGACCUCUACAGCCUGGCUCAUUCUUACCUGGGAGUAGGAGGCCGGAAAGGUCGCACCAAGAGGGAAGCUGCUGCCAACACCAACCGCCACAGUCCUGGUGGGCACGAGAGGAAGCUGGUGACCAAGCUCCAGAACACAGAGCGGAAAAAGCGAGGGGCACGGCCCUGAGAACUUGAGAUGCGGUCGGAGGACGGACACCCCACAGCAAUGGAGACAGGACUGCAGAGGAAUCAGCCCCUGGGGGUGGGAUCCAGGCCUGCUGGCCCCACCCCCACCCCCAGGACUUACCCCACCUGACCGAGGUUCCGAGGGACCACCAAGGAAGCACCCCCAGCCCCCGAAAAAGGACAAGAUGGGGAGCAAGAGGCAGAGAAUAGAGAGAGGCAGAGUCACAAGGUUACCCCCCAAAAAGAAGGAAGAAACGGGCGCUCCCCCAGGGUGACAGCGACAAUAAAAAUAAAGUACAGUAGCUGAA